UAUCCACGAAAUCUCCUCAAGUUAAAGCCCCAGAGAAAGAAAACACAACUUAUCGCAGAACCCAGAAGCAAGAAAAGGAAAAAGCUCUUCUUCUGAGAGAUGUUACAAACCCCAAAAUUCUUGCAAUCUCCAACAAAGCUACUUCAUCCUCCACCACCACCACCACAAAAUAUUCCUCAAUUUCAACAAGUACCCACUUCUCAAUCUUUUCCCACACUAAAACAAUGCUGCAAAUUCUCACGCCGAGAGCUCGCAAUCCGAAGCAAUUCUCUGUUGCUUUUCCUCUUGGGAUUUCAGGGUCCGGAGCCAUUCAAACUGUCAGAAGCAAGAGCAGAAGAAGAAAACUUGGAGGACACCAAUACAAAAGAGGAUGUAAACAAAGUAAAUCAGGAGGAUACCAAUGCUAGGAAGGAGAUAAACAAAGUAAACCAGGAGGUUACCAAUGUAAAAGAGGAGAUAAACAAUGAUUCAAACUCUACUACUACUUGUAGUGAUAAGAGCUUGACAAAGAAAGCAUUUCUUGAUAUAUCCAUUGAUGGGAAACCUGUUGGCCGGAUUGUGAUGGGGCUAUAUGGAAACGAUGCCCCAAUUGGAGCUGCUAGAUUUGCUAGUCUUGUGAGUGGUAGAGCUGGAAUCAGCUACAGAAGAAAAGAGUUUGUAAAAAUCCUGCCAAAUUAUGUUCAACAUGGCGGGGUUAGAUCCUAUGGCGUGGAUGCAGAGCUUGCAAAAAGGACAGGCAGCAAUUUGGAGGCCGAUAAUCUAGUAGAUGAGUGGGAGAGAGUGAAUGAGAAGUGCCCGGGAACGAAGAACUUGGCUGGGACAGUGAGCAUUGUUGUGAGAGAUCCUUCAAGACCACCUCCAAAACUCAAGUUGGUUGCGAGACGAGGGAAUCUGGAGAUCGAUGAAGAGGAGGUCAGGAAUGCUCCGAACGGGACAGAGUUCAUCGUUUCUUUGAAGGAUUCGCCGGAGGUGGAUGCUUCUGCUUUGGUGGUGGGAAGGGUCUUGGAAGGGAUGGAGGUUGUAGAGAAGAUUGGCCAGGUGAAGACUGUGCAAGAGAAUACCAGUUCUCCUUAUUUUAGGGUGGCCAAGCUAAUCGGUGACAAGAGAGCUGUUGUAGCAGAAAGAGGCUUCAACCGCCCUUAUUCGAAGGUGCUGGUCACAAAUUGCGGCUUGAUGGAGUAACAUACCCUUUUUAUUUUUGUUCAGUUUUUGUUCGAAGAGCAAUACUUUCAUGUAGUACAAUAACCCACCUGUGUUCUCUGGACGAACGUCAAUGUCAUGUUCUUGAAAUUGGAAGUUUUAGAAGGUAAUCUCAAGCUGGAGUUUUGCAGCAAA